AUGGCUCCACUGAACCGCCCAGCCCCUGUGGAAGUCACAUACAGGAACAUGAGAUUUCUUAUUACACACAGUCCAACCAGUGCAACCUUAAACAAAUUUAUAGAAGACCUUAAGAAAUACGGAGUUACUACAAUAGUAAGAGUAUGUGAAGCAACUUAUGACACUGCUCUUGUGGAGAAAGAAGGCAUCCAGGUUCUGGAUUGGCCCUUUGCUGAUGGUUCAUCACCCUCUAACCAAAUUGUUGAUGACUGGUUAAGUCUUUUAAACAUUAAAUUUCGUGAAGAACCAGGUUGUUGCAUUGCUGUUCACUGUGUUGCAGGUCUUGGGAGAACUCCAUUGCUUGUUGCCCUGGCACUAAUUGAAAGUGGAAUGAAAAAUGAAGAUGCCGUACAGUUUGUAAGACAAAAGCAGCGCGGAGCUUUUAACAGUAAGCAACUGUUGUAUUUGGAGAAAUAUCGUUCUGAAAUGAGGUUGCGUUUCAAAGACUCCAGAGGUCAUAGAAACAACUGUUGCAUUCAAUAAAACUUGAUUGCUUGACGCUGUUGCCUUGGAAGUGGAACUUGAGACAGGACUUAAUUUAUCAUACACCUUUGCCAGCAUAUAGGCUUAAUGAAUGACAAGUCUAAUGAAGCUUCCAUAGGAAUACUGAAAAGCCACAAGCUUGACAGAAUUGCAGCCUCUCUGUCUGGCUUACUACUUUUCCCAUGCCAGAAACGAUAUAUAGGAAAUUGAGA